AUGAGUAAAAGAAGAGCGGUCGGUGAUUUCGCAGGCGUGCCCGUCAUCUCGGCACCGGGCAUCAUCCAGGGCAUCGACGACGAGAUGCACGUCCAGAUGCUCGGAGCCGGUCAGGAGGUCAGUCCGGCCGCACCCAGACCGAGAGAGCACCACAACACCAACACCACAUCAGACUAACCCCCCAUAUCGUCCCACCCCAGGUCGGUCGCUCCUGCUGCGUCAUCAAGUACAAAGGUCGUACCAUCGUCUGCGACACGGGUGUGCACCCAGCCUUCUCCGGCAUGGCCGCUUUACCCUUCCUCGACGAACUCGACUGGUCCACCGUCGAUGCGAUCCUCAUCACCCACUUCCACCUUGACCAUGCCGCCAGUCUGACCUAUGUCAUGGAAAAGGUGAACCCCGUUCGUGCUCGUGCUCGUUAUGGGCCGGUCUGCUUUCCUUCCCAGUCGGCCACGGUACUCAAGUCAGUUGUGCUGACCGCGAUCGCGCCUCGCAGACCAACUUUAGGGAAGGCAACGGGGUCGUGUACAUGUCCCAUCCGACCAAAGCCGUCUACCGCUUCCUCAUGUCCGACUUUGUCAGGGUCUCGUCAGUCUCGUCGGUCACGUGAGCCCACCCCGCAACGAGAUCUCUCACCCCCCAUCCCCAUCAUCUCCAUCAUCUCCCACAGCACCGCCGGAUCGGACGACAAGUUGUUCACAGAGGAAGAGAUGCUCGCAUCCUGGUCGACCAUCAUCGGCUUCGAUUUCGAACAAGAGAUCCUGCUCCCGGCGAGCAACACCCCCGAGUCGUCGACCUCGUCCAGUUCCAACGCCGCCGUGCGCUUCACCUCGUUCGCAGCCGGUCACGUCCUCGGCGCUUGCAUGUUCUUGAUCGAGAUUGCGGGGUUGAGGGUCCUGUACACGGGCGACUAUUCGACAGAGGAGGAUCGACAUCUGGUCCCUGCCAAGCUCCCGAUAUGGGAGAAGAAACCCGACGUCAUGAUCUGCGAAUCGACAUAUGGGCAAGUUGCAUUCAUUUCCUCGGACGGGAACGGUCGAGGGACUGACUCGGUCAUUUGUAACGGACGUUUCGCAGUGUACAAAGUCAUGAACCUCGGUUAGAAAAGGAAGCUCAGUUCACAAGUGAGCCAAUUCCUCAAAGUUUUCAUAGCUUAUCGGGACUGAAACUCCAGCUGACACUGCACUCCAACAGCACUCGUGUCCAACAUCAUCAAACGAGGUGGUCGAGUACUGCUCCCCGUCUUUGCCCUCGGCCGAGCCCAAGAGAUCCUCCUGAUCCUCGACGAAUACUGGGCCGCUCAUCCGGAACUGCACCACGUCCCCAUCUACUACAUCUCCUCCCUCGCGCUCAAAUGCAUGGACGUCUACCGCCAAUACAUCCACACCAUGUCCCCGAACGUGAGGGAGAAAUUCGCGCGCGGGAUCAACCCUUUCGACUUUAAAGCCAAGACCUCGUUCAUCCGACCUCUCGAGAGGGGUUUAGCGAAAUUGAAUGACAAAGGGCCUUGUGUCGUUAUGGCCAGUCCGGGUUUUUUGACGAAUGGGACCUCGAGGGAGUUGUUGGAGAAGUGGGCACCGGAUCCGAGGAAUGGGCUGAUCAUUACGGGGUACUCGGUCGAGGGGGUUAUGGCGAGGGUGAGUGGGGUUCGGUGAGAUGUAUGGUUUGACUCGGGGGGAAUUGAUGUUUUCUUGUUGAACCAGACCAUCAUGAAUGAACCGACCGAGAUUCAGGCCUUGAAUGGAGGUGCCAAAAUUUCACGGCGGUUGUAAGUCGCGAGCCCCUCCACCUACUUGGCUGUUUCCCCGCUGACGGUCGCUUCGCCUCCCCAGAUCGGUCGAUUACAUCUCCUUCUCCGCCCACGUCGACUAUACCCAGAAUGCCAAGUUCAUUGAUGAAGUAUGUUCCUCAGUCUUUUCUGGAGGACGACUCCGUCUAACAUAUCUUCUACUACGAACAGGUGAUGCCUGCUCAUCUCAUUCUCGUGCAUGGAGAGGCCAACAACAUGUCGCGUCUACGCUCGGCGUUGAAGACCAAAUUCGCCGAAAGGAAAGACGACAUUCAGAUCUACACCCCGAGAAACGUCGAAACGGUCAAGAUCAGAUUCAGAGGUGAACGAAUGGCCAAGGUGGGUCGCAUUCGAGAAAACCAUGUCAGAGCCUAGUACUGACCCCUUUCACUUGUCCGUGCGAGGUCCGCAGGCUUUGGGUACGUUGGCGGAGACGACACCCAAAGCAGCGACCCCACUUUCCGGUCUACUCGUUUCCAAGGAUUUCACCUACACCUUCCUCGCCCCUUCGGACCUUCGUGAUUUCACCGGCCUCUCGACCUCGAUCAUCCUACAACGCCAACGCUUGACGCUUUCCGUCUCCUGGGAACUCGUCCAGUGGCACCUCCAAGGCAUGUACGGCAAGAUUCAACAAGGCGUCGAUAAGGAAGGACUGAUGACGAUGCGUAUCAUGGAUACCGUGGAUGUCAAGGCUGUGGGCAAGAUGGAUUGGGUCGUUGAAUGGGUCGGGAGCGUGAGUAAUGAUAUGGUGGCCGAUUCGGUCAUUGCGCUGGUUUUGGGGGUCGAUAAGAGUCCGGCUUCGGUCAAGAGUGAGUUCUUCGCCAUGACCUAUGUGUUGAGAUGCGCGUGAAGUCUGAAGUUCGAUUGACCGUCGUCGACUGGUCAGAAACAUCCAUGGGAGCUUCGUCGCACUGCUCUCAUCGACAUCCCCAUGCCGAACCGACCACACCACCGUCGAGAACGACGAAGACGCUCGACGACGCCGAGCCGACGGGAGAAGAGACAUCGCAGGAGGAGGACCUCCCCACACGUCUCGAUCGAUUGAUCGCUUUCCUCGAUUCAUACUUUGGGAAAGUCGAGCUGGUCAUUCCUAAACCGAAGACUGCGGGUGACAGUUCACCACCGCUGGAGAGCGCUGCCGAACCGGAGGAGAAGGCUACGGAACCGUCAGUCCCUAUGGAAGGGGAUACGGAAUUAGGACCACCCACAACGACGACGACAAAUCCCGAAGGAGAAGAGCAUUUCGCCGAGGUCGAAACGACUACGACCCCAACACUUCCCACCCAACCUCUCAUGCCCGUCAUCCGCGUCCACCUCGACGACCUCAUCGCCGACGUUCGAGUCGAAGAUCUUCAAAUCAUCUGCGAGAACGAAUCGUUCAAAGCGAGGGUAGAGAACGUCGUUGGGUUGGCGAUGGCGGUGGUGAGACCCCUUUCGGGGAUAGGAGCGGGUGCGUUCUUGGAGAGUGUUCAAGAGGUGGAGGAAGGUCCAAGGGGGAAGAGGGUGGCGAAGGUGGUUGAAGGGGAGGCCGACAAUAAAGUGUAG